AUGAUAAAAGACGGUGGCGAGAACAACAGCCGUAUAUUGCAGCCAGAAGCUGUGGAAGAUCAAGAUAGAAUGCUAGCUGAAAAGAAACUUAUUCGCAAAAUAGAUACAAGAUUAUUGCCAUUUCUCAGUUUCAUGUACUUGUUUUCUUCAUUGGACAGAUCGAGCUUAGGAAACGCUGUGCUAGACAACUUUGAACAAGACAUUGGUAUCACACCUGAUCAAUUCAACACUUGUGUCACUAUCUUUUAUGCUGGAUUUUUGAUCUUUCAGAUACCAAGCAAUAUAUUGUUAAAACGGUUCACGGCAAAGAGAUGGCUGCCUCUGUUGAUGAUCUGCUGGGGGUCCAUUGCCUGUCUUCAUGCCACUGUCAAGAGCUAUCAUCAGUUGAUGACAUUGCGAUUCUUUUUAGGAUUCUUUGAAGCUGGUUUUUUCCCUGGUGUGGUGUAUUUUCUGACCCUAUUUUAUAAAAAGAAUGAAAUGGCUACUCGCAUUGCUUUGUUUUGGGGAUCCACUGUCGCAGCUCAUGCGUAUGCUGGUGUAUUGGCCUAUGGUAUUUUACAACUGAGAGGUAAUGGCGGCUUGACUGGAUGGCAGUGGCUAUUUUUGAUUGAGGGUAUGCCUACUGUGAUUGUUGCCGUCAUCGCAUUCUUCUACUUGCCUGCUUCUCCAUCUACCUGGUCCAUCUUUACGGAAGAAGAAAGAAUACUAGCAAUUGAGAGGCUGAAUGAAGACGGCGAGAUUACCAAUCAUCACAUCACACUGGGAGAUUUAGAUGCGUCAAACAAGAAGCAAGCUUUGAAAGCAUUGACUGAUUGGAAAGUGUGGAUGUAUAUGGUCAUGUUCUUCUGUGGCAGUGUACCCAAUACAAGCAUAUCCAACUUCCUGCCCUCCAUCGUCAAAGGAAUGGGAUACGACGAUAAACUGUCUGCUAAUCUCAUGUCAGCUCCCCCUUAUGUAGGCGCAGUUUUUGUUAUGGUUGCUGGCGCUUAUUCCUCAGAUAGACGAAAAGACCGCGCAUUUCACGCCAUUGCAGGAGCAUGCAUUUGCAUGAUUGGGUAUAUCGUUUUAACAAUUUGCACGGAAAGAGCCGAGUUAUAUACAGGUGUUUGUAUUGCAGUAGCUGGUAUAUUUGUUAUCAACCCCAUUGUCAAUGCCUGGCUGACCAGCAACAUUGCGCCUGAUAUGAAGAAGGGUGUAGCCACAGCAAUGGCUGUCUCUGCUAAUAAUUCUGCUGGCCUUUUGGGAUCCAACAUUUACAGACAUUCAGAUGCUCCUCGAUACUUGCGUGGACAUGUUACAAACCUGGUCUUUACUGUGGUGUUUAUUUGCCUUGCAUUGACGCAACGAUACCUUUUACAAUGUGCCAAUAAGAGGAAGCAUGAAGAGAAAGCAAAGCUUACGGCAGAUGAACUGCAAGAGACGUUGGACAAUGAUACGCGAAUUGGAGAUGAGUCUCUUGUUUUUGCAUAUAGAUUGUAG